AUGGUACGCAAGGCUCGUCCUUCAGGUGUUCGCGGGCCGAACUCGGCUCUUACCGAGUUUCUUAGAGUGGAGGGUAUUACAGACGCCUUCAGGCAGCGGCAAAAUCGUCAAAGAGACGAAAACAAUUCUGGUACAGAAGAAGUCACUUCUUCACCCGCUGAGUCGCCAAGAAGGCUGUCUUCGACUCCCAGAAGAAGUAGAUCGGGCACGCCUCAGAAUUCAAGAAGAAACGCGCCUCUUGAUGAAGAGGAAAGACAGAUACGCGAGGCAGGCAGACAAAAAAGACGUGCCUCUAAAAGAAUCAGGAAUGGAGAUGCUAGAGGUGAUCCCGAUAGUGGAAGUGAUAGCAGUUCCAGCGACGAUUACGCCUCCGAAAAUGACGAUGAUUAUGAUCUUGAUGACGAUGUUGAGGACAAUCUGAAAAAGUAUGGAGAGGAAGAUAUGUGUGCCGAGUGUGGAAACCCGUUUACAUUGUCUGUUUACUCGCGUUAUGUGGACGAUUUGAAAGGAUAUUUGUGUGAUGAUUGCAAUGAAGAGCUCAAGAAGCGUGAAAAGAAUGCGAGAAGAAACGAGCUUAAUGCUCGUAAGAAGAGAAAGAAGCUAGCCGCUGCGCUUCUUGAUAAAAAGACAGUCAGGAUACCCAAAUUACAGGAUAUUUGCAUUAAAGUUAUCACACAGAACAUCAAUGAUGUAGAGGCUCUAGGUGAUAUCGGGCAAUCGAAUAUGAACAAAAUCCUGAGAAUUCUAUCAAAGAAUCGCUCUUUAGAUGAUUCGACCAUCUCACUUUUUUUGAAUCCAGACUUAAGGGAGUUGGAAUUCUGGGACUGCUCAAACGUCAGUUCUCACUCUUUCAAUCAAAUUGCUGCCUACUGUGCUCAAUUACAAUCCUUGACGUUGUUCAUGUGUGGUCAGCUUCAUAAUGACAAUUUGGUUUACUUUAAGGACAAGCUCAACAGUUUGACAAAAUUAAGUUUGGAUGGUCCGUUCUUGAUCAGUAACCCCAUGUGGCAGGAUUUCUUCGAGCAGGCUGAAACCGAAAUCACCCAGUUUGAAAUUCGAAACACCCAUAGAUUUGGUAGCGACGCCUUUCUUUCGCUCAUGGAAAAAAGGGGACCACAUCUCACCCUGCUCAAGCUUCUGAGGCUCGAUGGGCUCGACAGUACAGCAAUUUAUGAGCUUAUCCCUCACUACAUCACUGCAGCAAAGUUGACUGAACUUGAGAUAUCAUAUCCUCAUAAGCCUGAAAUCAUCACUGACGAACUCAUGAUUCAUAUUGUAGCCAUCACUGGAGAGUCCCUUACUUAUCUCAACGUCGAUGGGUGUAGCAACCUUACUGAUGAAUUUUUCAAGGAAGGUGUUGCGAAGUUUUGUCCAAGAUUGGAGCAUCUUUCCAUGAGGGGGCUUGACUUGCUAACUACUGAGGAAUUUGUUGAGGGCUUCAAGGAAUUUGCCAUUAUAAAUAGUGGUGGGUUAGUCACGGUCGACUUGACAAAAUGUCGAGGGCUUGGUGAUGAUGCUAUUUACAAGUUGCUUGGCCACUCCUCGCAAACUCUAGUGGAUCUAUCUUUGAACUCGUUGGAUCUAUUGUCGAAAGAUUUCUUAGUACAGAUCAUGACAAAGGAUGAGUCAAAAACUAAGCGUCUUCUCAAGCAAGCAAUCGAGGACGGCGUGAACGAUAACGUUGAAAGUGAAGGAGAGAAACAGCACUACUACCGUUAUAUUCAUCUUCCCUUAUUGACGAGAUUGGAUGUCGGUUUUGUUAGAAGCUUUGAUGAUGAAGUUGCGAGCAAAUUCAGUGAGUGCUGUCCAAAACUCACCAUCCUUGAAGUGUUUGGCGACAAUAAGUGUACUGUCAAGGCCAAAGUCAGAACAGACUUAUUGGUGAUUGGACGACAAGGAGAUUUGGCAUAG